UUGCGUGUGCGUAGGAUUUUUUUUUUGAAAUUACUACGUUCCCCAACAAUAGCAUGGAGCAAUCAAAAAUUAUAGAUACGUUGGAGACGUAUCAAUAUUCUGGUCGUCUUUAUCACACCUUUAAAGAGGCUUGUUCCGCGCGUGGUUUGUUAGGAGAUGAUAACGAGUGGUACAUAGCGUUUGAUGAAGCGGUUGUCUGGGGGUUUGGGAAUCGACUUAGAGAGUUGUUUGUGACUAUGCUCAUGCACUGUUCUAUCAGGGAUGAGAUGGGUUUCUUCGAACGUUACUGCGUUAGCAUGUAUGAUGAUAUCCAGCAUAGGUAGCGGCAUGCCCUGGGUAAUCCAAACUAUGUUGUUCCUCCUAAAAGAUUAAGAAAUAUGCUUCUUAACGAGUUGGUCGACAUUUUCUUGAAACAUGGUUCUGAUAUAAGAAGUUUUAACUUGCCAUCUCGCUCUAGCGAAGGUGAGCAGUCUGAUGAUAAUCGCCUUAUUCGUGAGGAACUGUCUUAUGAUGCAUGUGCUCUGUCUAAACAGUCCUUGGUUAUGUUUGCCAGUUUAAAUGAGGACCAGUUGGUUGCUUAUAAGACAAUUGUAGAGUGUGUGAAGGCGGGGAAAUCGGGCUUUUUUGUCUCUGGGUAUGGUGGUACUGGGAAGACUUACCUGUGGAGUGCAAUAUGUGAUUUCCUUAGGGGCGAGAGGAAGAUAGUGCUUACUGUUGCGUCGUCGGGCAUUGCGUCACUGUUGUUGCCUGGUGGUAGAACUGCUUAUUCUCGCUUUAAGAUACCUAUUCUUCUUGAAGAUAAUACGCAAUGUGAUAUUAAAAGAGGCUCUAAGCUUUAUAAGUUGCUGAUGGUAUCUUCGCUUGUUAUUUGGGACGAGGCGCUUAUGACACACAGGAAAUGCUUUAGGCUGUAGAUAGAACUUUGCAUGAUGUCCUCUCUGUGGCUAAUCCAGAUCUUGCGGAUAUUCCAUUCGGUUGAGUAGUGAUGGUCUUGGGUGGUGACCUUAGACAAAUCUUACCAGUCGUUGAGGGAGGUACUAGGCCUCAGAUCAUUGAUGCAGCAAUCACAAAUUCUCCGUUGUGACGUUCUGUUCAGAAAUUGUCGCUUUCUAUUAACAUGCGCUUGGCUGUGCAUGGUGCGGAUACCCAGGCGCAGAAGGAUGUUGCCUUAUUUAGCAGAUGGGUGCUAGAUCUUGGGGAAGGGAAGUUGCCUCUCACAAGGCGAGGUGAUGAAGUUGAGGCUUCUUGGAUACAGAUACCGGAUGACCUUUUGGUUUGUACAUCUGGUGAUCCAAUAGCUGCUAUUGUUUCUUCUGUCUACGGUGAUUUUUUGCUUAACUACUUGAACUCUGGUUACUUGCAAGAGAGAGCCAUUUUAGCCCCUACCAACGACCAUGCUGAGGACAUUAAUGAUUAUAUUCUUACAUUGGUUCCUACUGAAAGCAGAGACUAUUUGAGUGCUAAUUCUAUUGACGGUUCUGCAGAUUCUGUUAGGGACAAAGAUGUUUACUAUCCAGUCGAGUACCUGAAUGCAACUAAAAUUAUAAAUUUCCCAAAUCAUAGGCUGACUCUUAAGGUUGGUGUUCCGAUUAUGCUUCUUAGAAACCUGAGACGGGCAAAUGGUUUGUGUAACGGUACACGGCUAAUUGUAAAAGAAUUAGGUGAUCAGCUUAUCAAAGCUGUCAUUAUGACUGGCUCACAUGUGGGUGAUACCGUUUAUAUCCCCAUGAUUGAAUUAUUGGGAAAGAAGGGAAAUGCGCCCUUUGUGCUUAGACGUCGCCAGUUUCCUGUUCAUGUAUGCUAUGCCAUUGCAAUUAAUAAGAGCCAGGGACAGACCCUAUCUGUUGUUGGUAUAUAUCUUAAGGGUCCUGUUUUUACGCAUGGGCAGCUGUAUGUGGCAGUGUCUCGUGUUAUGUCAAGGGCUUCUUUGAAAAUCCUUAUAUUAGAUGCUGAUGGCAAAUGCGGCUCUGAGACCAAGAACAUUGUUUUCCCUGAGGUCUUCCCGGCCACAGGAAUGACCUAGGUUUGUUGUGUAUGAUGGUAGUCUUCAUUUUGGUAGGUUUUGGCAUGCUUUUAUGAGGUUGAUGAUAUUUUGGGUGGCGACAUAUAUUGUUGGUUGAAUAAAUAUGUGGUCUCAUGUGAUGGUUGUGUUUUGGUGCUGAUACUUUUGUUGUAGACGGCGAUGGUUGAUCUGCAGGCUCUUGUUGUGGGGAACAAGAACUUGACCAUCCGUGUGUGUGUUUCGAGUGUGUGGCAGCAUCGUGGGUCCACUUAUAACGGUCCUAUCAAACACACUGACAUGGUCCUUUUGGAUGCCCAGGGCAAUCACAUGUAUGUUGAGAUUGGUGAGAAGCUUGUGCCUAAGUUCAAUUGAAACAACCACAUCCAUGUUGUUUCUUGGCAGGGCAACCAUACCUAUGCUGAGAUUGGUUCCUGAGCUCCUUUAUAGGUCUCUUGCUGUGAAACUUGUGGUUAGCAUGCCUUUCAAGCAUUCAAUUCUUGUGAGGGUGGAGCUGGAGAAGGCGGGGCGUCAGAGCAGAGCCAGUUGCAGCGUCCACGAUCUCCUCGGGCAUGGACAAUCCCACCAGAUUGACCAUGUUGCGGGCUUUGGUCAGCGGUGUGUGUGCCCAGUGGUUGGAGCACACUAAAGUGGAGGAACAGUGUUGUCGUCAACUAUGGAUUCAGAUCCUGAGAGUUCUGUCAGGACAGGGUGAGACACUGAGGCAAAAGGCAAAUUUAUCUUAUGAUAUUAUGAGUCUUGGGGAUUAUAAGUGCCAUUCAACUGUUCACUCUCAUGAGAAAGACGGGUUGGCGCUUACUGAUGCAACAACCAAUGCAAACAGGUUUGAACCGUCCGUGCCUACUGUUGCCCCAACGACUGUGGGCAAGAAAGGUCUGGAAGAAGCAGAACCCUUUACUAGGAACAAGGACGUCUUUUGGUGACCUAAGCCUUUUGGAAACAAGUUUUGUAAAUGGAUGGUUUUUUAUCAGUAUAGAUGUACUAUAGAUUCCUCUACUUGAGCUCCGGCUCGCAGGCACAUAUUGCCAAAUCAUUUGGUUGCUUCAGAUCUAUGGUGACUGUUAUCACAACAAUGUCACUGUCCAUCCAGACUGUCGGGCUACUUGGAGACAGACUGCCUUUUAGUAAGGUGCACACCUUCCAAGUGUAUAUCCUGGACUUGGUGCCUGGAGGUGAAAUGAGUAAAUCGAUCAGCUGACCUGCAACAACCUUCAAAAUACUUUCGCCCCUUGUGUUUUAGUUUCAGUCAAGGCGAUAUCCAUGUGUAGAGGGUCAUAAAGCUUCAGUGCCCUGGUUAUUUUGUUUGUAUAUAUGUAAAUGAGCUUUGCAAUCUGUUGACGUCUGCACGUUCAUGCUCUGUAGUCUAUCAGCAAAUGUACUCAUGAACCUCAUCCAUGUCAAUGUGCCUGCUUGGGCCUGUGAUCAAUGUGUGAUGUCGUUAUG